CCUAAAUGGACAACACAACUAGCGUGCUCGUGAAUCUUGUGCCUGCAAUCGAGUUAGCUUUGUUACAAUAACGAAGAUUCGGGUCCGUUCUUCCGUUGCAGCGCGUCCGACUAGGUUUCCGGAGAACACGGCUCAUACUAUCCACAAAUAUAUCACGCCGCUCCGAUCACUUACGACACUGGCCGUGUUCCGAGAGCAGACAGAUUCACCAUGGCUCAGCCAAUCGAUCCUAGACAUCAAUUCGCGCAUUUCGAGAUCGGCGAGUUACUUUCGCGGAUGUCAGGAAGUGUUACAGAAAGUGACGCGAACGCAUCCGCCGCUCUCGCCUCCUCGGGGGCCGCGAGGCGCAUCGCCGUGCGCCUACUCACAGGGGGCGGCGGAAGCGGCAAUCUCGGCGCAAAGUUGAGCGGAAGCGGCGGGAGCGGGAACUUCGCCACGCUCUCCACUGGUAUGGGGCCAAGCAGUGGGGUUACCAGCAUCGGAGGUGUUACUGGCGCCAGCAGCAGGCAUGGCGAAAGAUUCAUCGCUAGCGAGGGCUCCGCUGCGGGCGGCGGGAGUCCCGACAGCUUGGCGGGAUGGACGUCGAAUCCCAAGGACUCUCGGAGGAAGCUUCCACAGAAGUCCCUGUCCGAGAGCGUGGAACGCGGCGCGUCUGGCGGAACGACCGGGAGAAAAGGCCAGGCGAACGCAUGGGGGCAAUGCGACGACCUGAUGGUUGAUUGGCUGGGCUCCGUGGCGGAAUGCGGAUCCGCGGACGAAUCUGGCGGACCAGCGGCGGCAGCUGGGCAGGUUGCCGCUCCGCGGCGUGGCGCGCAGAGCGGGCAGCGGGAGGGCCGAGCGGGGCCGCGCGGAGCGUCGGGGGCGCAAGAAGAGCGCGAGAGGCAGCGGGAGAGGAGCGGUCUGGAUCGGCGGGACAGCCUUCCUGUGAGGGAGCGAGAGAGCGUCCCCCGCAUUUGCUCCGACGAAAUCGCGCGGGGGCACCUGUCGCGCACGAUUAGCUGCGUCGACCGCCCCCGCCCGCUCACGGCGCAAAGGGAGAAGCCCAGGGGCGGGCUUGAGGGGGAGAGGGAGGAGAAGGGGCGCGUGAAGGGGGGAGAUCGCAGGGGGGGGAGCGCGGCCGCCCAGGCGAAGGGGGAGAGUGGCGGAGGUCUGUCGCGGACGUCUAGCUGCAUGUCGGCUGGCGGCGACGAAGUUCGGCGACUGGAGAACGAAAUCGCGGUGCUGCGACGGCAGCUGGUAACUGUGGGUCAAGCAAAAAAUGCCUUCGGCAAUGGAAGUGGUUCGACAGGUGGCUCGGCCCAAACCAGAGCGUACCAGCACUCCGGACCUCAGGGCGAGGCUCGGUCGCCGGAAUGGCAGAGCAUCGCAAUGGAGGUAGUGGAGUUGAGGGGCCAGCUGCACGACAUGACUGAGGCUAACGGACGCAUAACGGAGCUGCUUGAAAGGAGGACGCAGGAGUUGGUGGCGACAAAGGAGGAGCUGAAGACAGCCAAGGAGGAGCGCGACGCGCUCGCCAAGGAAAUGGAGGCUCUCCUCGAGUCCCUGUCAACAUCGCCGCCUGCUGACGUGGCAUGUACCGCGGGCAUGGGUGAGCAGAUGCAGCAGCAGCAGCAGAGGGCGCAGCAGGCGGAGGAGGAGGCUCGGCGGCUGCAGGUGCUUCUAGAGACAGCCAUGGCGGAGAGAGACAUGGCGGUGCGCCUCGCUGCUGCCACAGGCAGGCUCCCUGCGGGCCUCAUUCCUGCCGCUGGCGUUUCCCGCUGCUCCAGCGACGAGCCCUCCCCCCGCCUGCGCUUCACCCCCCUGGAUGUCCGCUUCCGCACGUCAAACCUCUCCUCCCGCUCCAACUCACCCUCCGCUGCUACUUCCUCCCCCCCCAUGGUUCCUUUCUCCCCCUCUAUGAACUCCUACUCGCCCUCCGCCUCUUUCUCCCCCUCUGCCGCCUCGUUCUCCCCCUCCUCUUUCUCCCCUUCCAGCUCCCUCACUAACUCCCCCUCGUCUCUUUCCCCCGCCGCCCGCUCGAUCUCUUACGCGCCGUCUCAGUUCCGCUCACACAGCGAUUCUGGCUCGGGCAAAGGCACUGACACUAUAGCUAAGUCCUGGCUCGGUGCCGAGCCUGCAGGACAGCGGGGGGGGAUGAUGAGGAGCUCUAGCCGAGGCCUUGUCACAGCCGCCAUAUCUAACACCGAACCUGGUAGCCCGGCAAAUAAUUCUGGAUGGAGGGCAGUGGCGAAUGGGGAGGUGUAUGCAGGGAAGGGACAGCUGAGGCGGACUGCAACUGCUGGAGGGGCGAUUGAUGCCAGGCAUGCGUUGGAUUCGCGAUCGACCAUUUCAUUGAGCCGCCCAGGGAGUGCGGAUAUUGGUGCGCUCUCGCAGCAUGGGGCUGAGCAUGUUUCAGGAAGCAAGGUGGUGGAGAAAGGGGGAAAGAAGGGGGGCUUGAAAGGAAUACUUUCGCGCAAGUCGAAGCAAGUGAGGUGGUCAUACGACUUCGACAAGGAGGGUGGCUUGUGAAUAAAAGUUCCAUACAGGGCCAUGACAAAGGUCAUGGUCCCCCUAUUUUUGACGGCACUCAAGAGGGCCGUUAACUUGACUAUAAUGUUUGUACCAUAUGC